GGCGCCGGAAGUGAGCCCUACGGAAGCCGGGCUGGGCCAUAAAGAUUUCCGGUUAGACGCCGCCUGGGCUGGAGGGAAUGAAUGGAUACUGAGCUGUGGGCGCGCCGGCUCCGGGGGUCCGCCUUAGGCGUGUGAGCGGCCGCAGCAUGGAGGACGACGCGCCGGUGAUCUACGGCCUGGAGUUCCAGGCACGCGCGCUCACACCUCAAACUGCCGAGACAGAUGCCAUCCGGUUUUUGGUUGGGACGCAGUCUCUAAAAUAUGAUAAUCAGAUCCACAUCAUAGACUUUGACGAUGAGAACAACAUCAUAAAUAAAAACGUGCUCCUCCAUCGGGCGGGCGAGAUCUGGCACAUCAGUGCCAGCCCUGCGGACAAAGGGGUGCUGGCCACCUGCUACAACAAGACUGCAGACAGCAAAGUCCUGACGUGCGCCGCGGUGUGGAGGAUGCCUGCGGAGCUGGAGCCCGGCGGCCACGAGUCCCCUGAGGACGCAGCCAGCCCUGCGCACGCCCUGGAGCUGCUCUGCCACCUGGACCACCCGGCCCGCGGCAGCACCGCCUGUGUCGCGUGGGAGCCCGCGGGGGACGGGAAGAGAGUCAUCUCGUUGGCCGACAACCACCUCCUGCUGUGGGACCUGCAGGAGAGCUCCAGCCAGGCUCGGCUGGCCAGCUCGGCGUCCCUGGAAGGGAAGGGACAGCUGAAGUUCACGACGGGACGGUGGAGCCCGCAUCACAGCUGCACCCAGGUGGCCACGGCGAACGACACGGCCGUCCGGGGGUGGGACACGCGGACCAUGAGCCAGAUCUACUGCAUCGAGAAUGCGCACGGCCAGCUGGUACGGGACCUGGACUUCAACCCCAACAAGCAGUACUGCCUGGCCAGCUGCGGGGACGACUGCAGGGUGAAGUUCUGGGACACCCGCAAGGUCACGGAGCCCGUGAGGACCCUGGAGGAGCACUCGCACUGGGUGUGGAACGUGCGCUACAACCACUCGCACGACCAGCUCGUGCUCACGGCCAGCAGCGACAGCAGGGUCAUCCUGUCCAACAUGGCGUCCAUCUCCUCCGAGCCCUUCGGCCACCUGGUGGACGACGACGACCUGAGCGACCAGGAGGAGCGCCGUCCAGAGGAGAAGAGCCAGGAGCCCCCGCAGGACAGCGUCAUCGCCACCUACGAGGAGCAUGAGGACAGCGUGUACGCCGUGGAGUGGGCCGCGGCCGACCCCUGGCUCUUCGCCUCCCUGAGCUACGACGGGAGGCUCGUCGUCAACAGGGUGCCCAGGGCGCUGAAGUACCGCAUCCUGCUCUGACCGCGGGCAGCCCGGCUGGGAGUCACGGCGGGGCCUCUGCCAGCCGACCUGACAGCUCGGGCCCGGCAGCCUGGGCCCUGGCCCCGCGGCUGCCCGCCUGUCCCCUCUCCUUCAAGGAUGUCGGGCGUGUCACUGUAAUUGUUGCAGCUGUAGCGACUCGUCUGUGUCUCGAAAUUAAAAAUGAAACAAAAGGA